UCCCGGCGGCGGCCGCGUCCCGGCCGGCGCCCGCCCCCUCGCCUUGUCAUUGAUGUUGUUGUUUUUGUCGCAGGAGCCGCAGGCGAGGCCGGGGCCGCCGCCGCCUGUGGCCGCCGCAGCAGCAGCGGGGCUCGGGCCGGCGCCAGGCAUGUCGGUGUGCGGGGAGGCGGUGGGCGCCGGCUCCCUGCCCAGCGAGCUGGUGGUGCACAUCUUCUCCUUCCUGGCGGGCCCCGACCGGCUGCGGGCCUCGGCCGCCUGCUCGCACUGGCGAGAGUGCCUCUUCUACCCGGCCCUCUGGCCGCGCCUCCGCCUCAGCCUCCGCGUCUCGCCGGCCGAGCGCCCGCGCCUCGAGUUCCUCAUGCGCAAGUGCGGCUGGUUCGUGCGCGAGCUGCGCGUCCAGUUCGCCGCCGACAACUACCCGAGCGGCGGGGCGGCGGCGGGAGAGGGCGCGGCGGUGGCGGCGGGCGACGGGGAGGCGGCGCCGCUGUGCCCGCGCUGGCUCGAGCUGCUGAGGACCUACCUGGAGCUGGUGCUGUGCGUGCUGAGCAGCGUCCGCAACAACAGGAACCUCCAGAAGUUGAGUCUCUUUGGGGAUAUAAGCAUUCUGCAGCAACAUGGAAGUAUAUCAAAUACAUACCUCGGCAAGGUUGACCCCGAUGGCAAAAAGAUUAAGCAAAUUCAACAGCUGUUUGAAGAGAUACUAGGCAAUAGCAGGCAAUUGAAAUGGCUGUCUUGUGGGUUUAUGCUGCAAAUAGUAACUCCCACAUCAUUGUCCUCCUUAUCAAACCCCAUAGCCAACACCAUGGAACAUCUGAGCUUAUUGGACAACCACAUCCCUGGUAAUACCACUCUAAUCACUGCAGUUGAAUUGGAGCGCUUUGUGAAUCUGCGUUCGCUUGCUUUGGAUUUCUGUGAUUUUACGGCUGAAAUGGCGAGAGUCCUGGCUGACAGCAACCAUGUGCCUUUGCAUCGACUGUCUCUACUGGUCCACAGCGUUUCCAUAAUGCACAAGUCAUUGGACAGUAUGCCAGAAGAUGAGAAUUGGAAGGCGCUGACGCGCAACAGCACUAAUCUUCGGGUCUAUAUAAUGGCUUUUGAUGUAAAGAGCGAUGAUAUGUUAAGGAUUCUUAAGCCCAGUAUACCCCUAGAGAGGAUUCACUUUGACAGCUACAUCACUUGUGUUUCCGGAGCUGUUGUUGACCUCAUAUCCAGGCAGUAUGAUAAGUUCCUCACUCAUUUUAUACUAAUGAAUGAUGUGAUAGAUAUGUCUGGCUUCCCAGAUCUCAGUGACAACCGAAACGAAGAUCCACUUGUCUUAUUAGCCUGGAGGUGCACGAGGCUCUCUCUCCUAGCUGUUCAUGGUUACACAGUUUGGGCUCACAAUCUCAUUGCAAUCGCUCGUCUUCGUGGCUCUGAUCUGAAAGUGCUGGAAGUCACAGAGGAAAGCAUUGAUUUUGACCAGGGAGAACUGGCUGACCAGGACGUGGAUCCAGUACAUAAUCUCAUUGAGCAAGUAUCUCUCGGAUUGGGUCGACCUUGGCAUGCAGUCAUGGACAUAGAGCUGCUCAGCGUCUUCACCGAGCCAACUCGUCAUUUUUACAGAGAGAUGCAAAGCUUCAGUGAAGGCAUUUAGCUCCUUAUUUACAGUUCCUGUGGUUACAUAUGCAAGUAGGGUCCUAUUAUGUUUUUUUUUCAGUAGCGUGAAUUAACCCCUUUUGUGCUGUGUUUAAUCAGUAUUAGCUAUAUAGAAUUACAUAUGUGUAUUCUACUUCUUGAUCAAAGAACGUAGUCGGGUAUUGGUUUAGAAGCUGAAAGUGGCAGUGUUUAGGGUUUUCACGGUUAAUGGACUUGUCUACCAAACCUUACAGAGCUGCAGCCAAAGGCUGUCUGAGGUUGCCGGCUAACUUUAUUUUUAUUGAGUAACUGCGUUUUGAAUUAUUUUUACGAUUAUCUCGGAGUUCUGUGCUCAGGAGCCAGCUGUUUUUGAUAUCCAUAUCCAUAGCCCAGUGGAUUUCUAUGCUGUCAUUGUUUGCUUAAUCUGGUAGCAUGCUACUUAAUAGGCUUAAAAGGAAGAGAGGUCUGUCCAGGGCUGUUCGUUGUUAGACUCUCACCUCGCUUCAUUUCACAUACUGCUUCUGAAGCAUGCCCUGCUACCGAUCCCAGCUCUCCUUGGCUGUCAAGCAGUGCUGCGAAACACUAGCUUUUCAGAUAGCCGUGCUCGCAGAUUCACUCCGUGCUCCAUAGUGCUUCGGGUUCUUUGUAAACUCCUCCUAGUUUAUCCUCAUCUUCUGUCAUCUUCCUCAGAAGUUAGCUUUGGGCCAAAGUUUAAGAGAAAAAAACAAGGAAGUGCACUCCGAUGAGGUGAAAACCUAACAGUAAAGGCUUCAGUGUAAAGGUAUACACCUGCAAACAAACAUUAGUCGUGAAAUCCCUAGCAACCAAGUCACUGGAUUUUCUCUGUCAGCGCCUGUGUCAGCUGCCAAAGAAUAGAUUAAAAACGAAGAAGUGCCCACAUGCUGGCAGGGGCAGGCCAGCUUCUGGCCAGCCAGAUACUGCUAGAUUGUAAUAUAUAAGGUCGAAUUUCGACCUGUGGUACACAGCUGUGCUGUGGCUCAGUCAGCAACCUCAGAACUCUUAACAAACAUGCACCUGUUUCACUGUGAAUAGUGAAUGUAAAGGAAGGAAAGGAAACAAAUACAAAGCUUGUUCUAUCACAGGUAUGAGCUGCUACGAUGCAUGAAGAACAUUCCAUGAAGUAUGUUUUAAAAUCUUGUUAUAUCUGAGAGGCUUUAAAAGCCGAUUUAACUGUUUCAGGGCAACCGCGGUACAGACGUGGUCUCUGUGAGACUUCCACCUGACCCCAGUUUUAAGUGGUACGAAUGUUGUGCAUUUAAUGUUUAAAGGACAGUCUGCAAUAAUAAAGUAAGUGGCCAACGUGGGUGCCCAGCAGUGCUGAGACCUGGCUGCUAUAUUGUAAGCUUUGGAAAACACAAUUUAUGCAACAGAUGUCCAGAUAUGAUUCUAUUUAUGGAAAAAGUUUAUAUGUGUUUUACAAAUGGUUUUACCAUCUUAUAUUAAAAUGACCUUUUGACAGGUGUGCGCUGUUUUGUCUCCAGUGAGCACAUACCAUGCGGAUUUUAUAUGUACAUCAGUAGAGUGAAUCCACUGGCACAGUGUGUGUAUAUGCCAGAUGUGGUGAGAUUUUAUCUUAUAAAUGUGAUCAGAUUAAAAAAUAAACUCCUGACAGAAAAUGUAAGGAAACCAGCUGAAUGUUUGAAUUGAUGACUGAUGUUGUAUGGUUUAUGUUAAAUGUAUAUUCUUUUAAUCAAUAAAUAAAGCAUUAAAAAUGGAUCGCUGUAUAAAAUAUUUUAUCGUAUCAGCAUGAGAAUUUCUAGACUUAAAAUGCAACGAUCGUUCAUAAGCUGUGUAUAACUGGUAGCUCCCAUUGUGUUUAGGUCGAUGAAAGAGUCUAAAAUGUCAUACGGCAGUUUCGUUUACUCGGCUGAAUUUUGUCAAUGUUUUUGGAGGGGAGGGGAAGGAUGCUUUGCUGAAGCUCUGACUACCAGCCCAGUUAGCACAAAUGGUAUAUCACGAUAUGACUUAUUAGACUGGUACGGUAAACUGUGGAUUGUAGAAUAUAGAACACUAUUUUGAGAAAUUCCUGCAUCCAUUGCAAUUGCUUAAAUCAAAAUCUGAUGUGAUCUAGAAAAAUGUGUAGUACUCUUUUUGGUGUCCCACUAUUAAAUAGAUUAUGAAUACCCA